AUGUUAUCGCGCCGCCUCUUUCGGCAAAUUACUGAUAGCUUACUAUUGGGUUCUCGUGUUUAUCCAGAAGCCACCGUGUGUUUUGCUUCGGCGUGUUCAACAUGUAGCUCUCGUACUCAUAUUUUUGCACAAUCAAUACGUCACUCGUCCUCGUCCUCAACCAGAUGGAAGUCGCGACAGGGCAGGGACUUUUUUGCCAAGGAAGCACGAGUUCAAGGCCUGAAGAGCCGUGCUGCCUUCAAGCUGCUUGAGCUCAACGACAAACACAAGCUAUUUAAACCUGGGCAAACAGUUGUUGACUUGGGAUAUGCACCAGGGUCGUGGUCUCAGGUCGCCGUGAAUCGCACAUCUCCAGACGGGCGAGUCAUUGGCAUCGAUCUCAUACCCGCCCAGCCUCCUCGAGGUGUUUCAACUAUUCAAGGCGAUUUCCUAUCACCUAUUAUUCAAGACCAAGUGCGAGCAUAUGUUCGAGAUACAGAUCUUGGUCGGCCUAGGAGACAGGUUUCUUCGAGCACAAGCGAAGGACUCACUGAGGAAGAGCUAGAUGAAAUGCAGCGGGGUUACAUUGAGAUCGAACGUCAGGCACAUUUGGAUGGUGCAGACCCUGAAGCGAUUGGACGGCCACUCGAGGACUCGGAUGGCGACAACCCAAUCUCGACCAAUCUGUCGCUCCAAGAGCGCGAUACACAGCGGGGAAGAACAGUAGAUGUGGUACUCAGUGAUAUGUCAGAACCCUGGGACCAAACUACCGGCUUCUACAAAAAGAGCCUUAGUGACCCUUAUAUUAGGAUGAUGAACACGAGCGGCAACGCUUUCAGAGACCACACGGGCAGCAUGGAUCUGUGCAUGGCAGCUCUGAUGUUUGCCUUUGACACAUUAAAGACUAACGGCCACUUUCUCUGCAAGUACUACAAAGGGGCCGAGGAGAAGGCUUUUGAGAUGAAACUUAAGCGUCUCUUUACCAAAGUACAUCGGGAAAAGCCCGAGUCGUCACGGGCUGAAUCCAGAGAGGCGUACUUUGUGGCACUGCGUCGCAAAGAGACACCGACCAAAGAGGACGUCUUCGGCGAAUGA